AUGUCAGAGUCGGUGUUUGUGGGACUGUGUCACAAGGUGGGGACUUCACAACUGGUGGCUAUGAGGAGAGAUGUGGAAGACAUCACCGAGAUUUUGAAUAAUGAAGUCAGUGGUGAUUCAUGCUCUAAAAUGACAAGUGGAAGCCACAGAGAAGGAUUCAGACUGAAUGGAUCAGACAAAGAUAUGAUGUUCUGGCAGAAAGACGAACGGGUCAUCUGGGACAUUUCUCAGACUCGUUAUUACAACAUGCACAGAAACACAUUAUUCCUUUGUAAUUGUUCCGAUAGUCCUCCAGGAUUCUCUUUACUUCAGUUUAUAAUUCCAGCACGCAGCAUAAGAACAUCAUCAAACAUUAUAGUAAAAACGAACAUCGAUAUUUUGUCAGCACUUGUUAUAAGGAACGGAAACCUUUUUAUAUCUAGUUCUCUAUACAGAGAAACCAUGCGUCAAACAAUGGUACAUAGCUCUACUCCACAUGGACCAUGCGCCAGUCGAAUUCUUGCUGGAUUAGAAUUCGAUUUUGCCUUCUGUUUUGCCUCUGACUUUUGGCCUCCACCUGCAGCCUCUUGGAUAGACAGAUGUCACUCAUGGCCCCAGCCUCCUGUUGUGUGCGACAUCAUCAGAAGUGGAUGCCACUUUGUACCAAUUGGACACAAACUAGGCAAUCAUGAAGACCAUGAAUGGAGAAUUUCUUUCUCGCGAGCAGAACAAAUACUUGUGUACUCAAUGAACCACACUCAGUUCUUAACGUAUGGAUUGCUGAAAUUGAUUCUAAAGGAAGUCAUUAACAAUGGAUUAGGAGAAGAGGAUAAAUUACUAUGUUCCUAUCACAUGAAGACAGUCGUCUUCUGGGUGAUUCAACGAAAUACUGUACCUCAUUGGCGUCCACAAAAUCUCCUGUUGCGUUUUUGGGAGUGCUUCAAACUAAUCCUUAAAUGGGUAUAUGAAGGAGUCUGUCCUAACUUUUUCAUUCCACAAAACAAUAUGUUUCUGAAUAAAAUUCGUGGUGAUAAGCAAACCCAAUUGUUCAUUAGGCUGCAUGCGUUGUAUGAGAAGGGUUUGAUAUCACUGCUACACAGUUCCUUCAUCUGGUCCUAUGUUUUAAAAGUCCUUUAUAACCCCAGACUCUCAAUUUGUACAGAUAAUGGCGACUUGUUAACCGAGUUUUUAUCUGAUUGCAACCUAUUUUUUUGUAUAAUUGGUGAAGGUAUGGAAGGAAUAGCAAACCUGUUUCACUGUAUAAAAGGCCUACGAGCCGUAGAACAUUUGAUAUGUACACCCUUGACGCCAUAUCACGUUGUCAUCUUACAGAAACACACGACCUCCAUCCUCCAUAGUUUGGCCUUUAUAUUAAACAAUAUGUACAUCAAAAAGUGUCGAAACAAAAUUGUGUAUAUUGCUGAUAGAAUGUCCCAUCGCCUGCUGAAAUUAACAGCCAAGUUUGGUUGCACUUCUGAUAUGGGGUAUUUGGCCAUGUAUUACUACAAGACAAUGAGAUUUGUGGACGCAGUAUAUGUUUUAGAAAUGACAAAAGUCUUAAUGGUAUAUAGAAUGAGUAUUACCAAUUCUGCAGAUAUGUAUACAGAGGCUUUAAGUGGGUGGUCCUUGACUUCAAAAAUGAGGUUUUUAACAAAUUUUUUUAUCUACCUUAACACUAAUAUUUGUUAUAUCAAUGAAUUAUUGCCCGAACAACUGUCUUGUUUAAAUGAGAGACAGUUUCAGUUGGCUAUCCCUACUCCCGUACUCUUGUGCAUGCUGGAGGUCUUGUGCUACAGGCAUGUUGAUACAUCAAAAGUACAAACACUACUGUGUAUUCUCCAGGAAUUUGUCCAAGAAAUACAUCAUUGGAGGAUGUUCAUACCGGAAGGUGUAGAUGACAUAUCAUGGCAGAUCCUAGGAAUCUGUUACCAGCUCACAGGGAAUCCACAGGCGGCUCUUUACGCGUAUCAACAGUCACUUUCACAAGUAUCAUUAAACAAAAUAAAAAGUGCUACAUUUAUGAGAAUACAGAGUAUCCUUCAGUGA